CUUUCAUUUAUUCUAUUUUGUUUUAUUUUCUUUUAAUUCUCGGUAUUAUUACUAUAAAAUGGGUCUCUCUGAUGAAGUUAAAUCAAUGAAUUUUUCACUUUAUGGUCAAUGGCUUGGUGUCGUUUCCAUUAUUUUACUAAUUAUACUUGGUAUUGUUGGAUUUUUGGGACAUGUUGUAUUUAGUAUUAUUGGAUGGAUUAUCGCUGUCAUUUUAAUAUUUAUUGAAAUACCACUUUUGACAAGAUGCUGUCCUACUGGUCCUAAAUUUGAUUCAUUCAUUGCAUACUUUGAAAAUGCUUGGUUCCGUGCCAUCUUAUACCUUAUUUUUGCUAUUGUCAUGUUCCUUUCAAGACUUAUUCAUACUAGUAGCUUAAUUGCUUGUGGUGUCUUACUUCUUCUCGCUGCUCUUUCUUAUGCUGGUGCUGCAAUUAAGGGUCAACCAUUUGCUAGUUCAAGUGUAUUUGGUGGUACUGGUGUAGAUAAUGUAGUUUGAAUAAUAAGAAUAUAAAUGUCCUACUAGAUUUAUAAUCAAACAUUAAUAAAAAAAAA